AUGAUUCAGUUUAUAUUGAUUAUUGUGAUCUCCUAUUGUUCAGCGGCAAACAAUGUUUCUCUUGGUUAUGAUUUUGGACAGUAUUAUUCUCGUGUUCGUAUUUUUGAGUAUAAUGAUUAUUCCGAUGUAAAACUUCUAAAAUUUAACAUAUACGGUCCAACAAAAUUAGCUAAUUGGUUCAUUAGUAUUAAUCAAGAUGGAAAAUGUGAUAAUUAUUUUGCUAAUAUACAUUAUGACCUUCAAAAUGGUGCUUAUUCAUUGAUCGCCCCGCUCAAUGAAUCUUUCCCUGACACGUAUGUGACUAAGCGUCAUGAUUUAAUCAAAACAGUAUUCAAUCGAACAGUAUCCAAUUCAACAGUUCAAUUGAGAAAUCCAUUGAGAGGUACAUGGUUUGCAACGGUAUUUGUUGAACGUUUAACCACAGAUUCCAAAUCUAAAAAGUCUUCAGGUGGCUGUAACUUCUAUCUAACAACGUGGCUUGAUUAUCAAGCUCUAUCAGUUUCAUUAACAUUAAGUCUUGAUCAACCACUUCAAAUCUUUCUAUCAAACAACACAUCUAUUGUCUAUGCAUCAUAUUAUACGUCACCAGGCAAUCCUCGUCUUAGUAUUCUAUCAGAAUGGCUUUCCCCUUGUGAUGUAACUAUUCUUGGACGAAUCAAUGGAUUGCCGGAUUUUUAUCAGUAUGAUUAUCAGACUGUCUGUAAAAAUGGUUCUUGUGUAAUAGAAACCAAUCAAUUAAGUGCAUUCGUUUGGAUUUAUUUUCAAAUAUCAGUGAAUAACACAUCCUGUUUAAAUAAUUCUAUUCGAGGUUCUUUGCUUGUUCAGUCCACAGAAUGUCUAUAUCAUUCGAUCGGUGAUACCUGUAUUAAAUCAUAUCCAACUCAACGUGUUAUGUUUACUGCUUACUAUAAUUUUUUAUAUAUACCAGUAAAUAGAAAUAGUAAUACUAGUUCAAUGAUAUUGAAUGGAAACGAUUCAUCGAUCUAUUCAUAUGAAUUUAUUGUUGAUGAUAGAAACAUUGGCGGAACAAUACAUCUUGAUUUUGAAGCUCGACUCAAGUCGCAUGUUCAAUCGAAUGUCAACGUCAGUAUUCUUGGUUGUGUAUCUAAACAUCAACCACGUCGAUAUCGUGAUUGUGAAAUCGAUUAUAGAAUAUACAUUAAGCAAAAUUCACCUGUAACCAGAUCAUUACCCUAUCCAGAAAUAGCUCUUUGGUACUUAACGUUAGAAUACAUUUGCAAUGGUUCAAUGAAUGACUGUGAUAACGCAUCAUUGGCACUUACAUUUCAAAUAUCAUCAUCAUCGUGCACUCGGGAACAAUGUGGAACAUAUGGUGUUUGCAGAAUAUUGACAUCACAACAAAAUAUUUUUUCUGUUUGCACUUGUAUUGCUGGUUAUCGUGGUUAUGGUUGUACGGAUAGUAGUUAUUCGUAUGCAUCUAAAUACUUACCAAGUGUUCUUUUUUUAACACUCAGUAAUUUAAUGUUCAUUCCUGCAAUUAUCGUUGCAAUCUAUUAUCAUUUAUAUAUUGAAGCACUUGUUUAUUUUUUCAAUAUGUUUUUUUCAACAUUUUAUCAUGCCUGUGAUCAAGAUCUCCAUAAAUUUUGUAUGUUUAAAUAUGAUGGUUUACAAUUAUCAGAUUUUAUUGGAUCAUAUUCUUCAUUUGUUAUUACCUUAAUAACCUUAUCAAUAGUUCCACGAGCAGUAAAAGCAUUUCUUUUUGUUUUGGGCUUAUUAGUUUGUGUUACCAUUAAUUCACGUGAUCGCUUUGAUAAUUUACAAUUUAUUGGUUUGAUUAGUAUUACAUUUUCGUUUACCAUCGUAACAUGGGUAACUGUCUCAAUUAAAAAACGUCGUUUACAACCAUCUUUAAAGCGACUUUUAUGGAUUACACCGGGAUUAGUAUUAGCCAUUAUAGGUCUCGUUUUAUUUGUUGUUGUUGAAACUGAAGACAACUAUUGGUAUAUACAUAGUUUAUGGCAUAUAUUAAUGGCUACUUCGAUUCUAUUUUUCAUACCUAAGAAAAUAGAACAAAACCGACGACAAAUACAAACCAGUAAUUUGGAACCGAACGAGCAUAAACUGUCAACACAUGCUGUUAAUCGAGGCGCUACAUUAUUAGAUGAAGAAUAA